GAGCAUAAGAGUUCCUGAGAUUGGAGCCCUUGGUUGAACUGAACCGUUAUUAAGCUGAAAAGGCAGAAACACUCCAGAUGUCCUCCAAUAGUUACCAAGUUUCAAUCCCGAUGUCAAAAAGGAACACCAAUGGCCUGCCGGGGUCCAGCUCCAAUGAGCUGAAGACGUCUGCUGGGGGAGCUGUGUUAAGCUUUCAUGACAUCUGCUAUCGAGUGAAAGUGAAGAGUGGCUUUCUUUUUUGUCGGAAAACGGUUGAGAAGGAAAUACUGACGAACAUCAAUGGGAUCAUGAAACCUGGCCUCAAUGCCAUUCUGGGACCCACAGGUGGAGGCAAAUCUUCGUUGUUAGAUGUCUUAGCUGCAAGGAAAGAUCCGCAUGGAUUAUCUGGAGAUGUUUUGAUCAAUGGAGCACCUCGACCUGCCAAUUUUAAAUGUAACUCAGGUUACGUGGUACAGGAUGACGUCGUGAUGGGAACGCUGACAGUGAGAGAAAACUUACAGUUCUCGGCAGCUCUUCGGCUUCCGACCACCAUGACAAAUCAUGAAAAAAAUGAGCGGAUUAACAUGGUCAUUCAAGAGUUGGGUCUGGAUAAAGUGGCCGAUUCCAAGGUGGGAACCCAGUUUAUCCGUGGUGUGUCUGGAGGAGAAAGAAAACGGACUAGUAUUGCAAUGGAGCUUAUUACUGACCCGUCCAUCUUGUUCCUGGAUGAGCCCACGACUGGCUUAGACUCCAGCACAGCAAAUGCUGUCCUUUUGCUCCUGAAGAGGAUGUCUAAACAAGGACGGACCAUCAUCUUCUCCAUUCAUCAGCCUCGUUACUCCAUCUUUAAGUUGUUUGAUAGCCUCACCUUGUUGGCCUCAGGAAGACUCAUGUUCCAUGGACCUGCUCGGGAGGCCUUGGGAUACUUUGCCUCCAUCGGUUACAACUGUGAGCCCUACAACAACCCCGCAGACUUCUUCCUGGACGUCAUUAACGGCGACUCCUCCGCUGUGGUGUUAAGCAGAGCGGACAGAGACGAGGGAGCCCAAGAGCCCGAAGAGCCUCCCGAGAAAGAUACUCCCCUCAUAGACAAACUUGCUGCGUUUUAUACCAACUCCUCCUUCUUCAAGGACACGAAGGUUGAGUUAGAUCAGUUCUCAGGGGGUCGGAAGAAGAAGAAGAGCUCGGUGUACAAGGAGGUCACCUACACCACCUCCUUCUGUCAUCAGCUCCGAUGGAUUUCCAGGCGUUCCUUCAAAAACUUACUGGGUAAUCCCCAGGCGUCCGUAGCCCAGAUAAUUGUGACGAUCAUCCUGGGCCUGGUUAUAGGUGCCAUUUUCUAUGAUCUGAAAAAUGAUCCCUCAGGAAUCCAGAACAGAGCCGGAGUGCUCUUCUUCCUGACAACCAACCAGUGUUUCAGCAGCGUCUCGGCCGUGGAGCUCCUUGUGGUGGAGAAGAAACUCUUUAUACAUGAAUAUAUCAGUGGAUACUACAGAGUGUCAUCUUAUUUCUUCGGAAAACUGUUAUCGGAUUUACUACCCAUGAGGAUGUUACCAAGCAUUAUCUUUACUUGUAUAACGUACUUCUUGUUAGGACUGAAGCCCGCGGUGGGGUCCUUCUUCAUCAUGAUGUUUACCCUGAUGAUGGUGGCGUACUCAGCCAGUUCCAUGGCCCUGGCCAUAGCCGCCGGUCAGAGCGUGGUCUCCGUGGCAACACUUCUCAUGACCAUCUCGUUUGUGUUCAUGAUGAUCUUUUCGGGGCUGUUGGUGAAUCUCAAAACGGUCGUGCCUUGGCUCUCGUGGUUACAGUACUUCAGCAUUCCUCGAUACGGCUUUUCGGCUUUGCAGUAUAAUGAGUUUUUGGGACAAAACUUCUGCCCGGGACUCAACGUCACAACAAACAAUACCUGUAGCUUCGCAAUAUGUACUGGCGCCGAGUAUUUGGAAAACCAGGGCAUCAGUCUCUCCGCUUGGGGCCUGUGGCAGAAUCACGUGGCCUUGGCGUGCAUGAUGGUCAUUUUCCUGACGAUCGCCUACCUGAAACUGCUACUCCUCAAAAAAUACUCCUUUCCCCUCUAGGUUACACCACUUACCCCCCAUUAAAGAGAAAGCAUUCUGGUUUC